GCCUCUUUUCAUUUUCAAGCCCCUAAAACAAACUGUUUCUAGGGUUUUACAUACACCCAGCUUUGCUCUUAAAUUUACACUUCCACCCACCUAGGGUUAGGGUUAAGGUUUUGAGCUUCAAUCUCCUUUAUCCAUGGCGGCUCCCGUGGCUCCUCUGGCGCGCUCCUCCAAGACCGAGAGCUACGUUGACAACAAGCGCAAAGAUGACAUCCGCCAAGCCAACAUCGUCGCGGCACGAGCUGUGGCUGAUGCCGUCCGCACCAGCUUGGGCCCCAAGGGCAUGGACAAGAUGAUUUCCACCGCCAGCGGCGAGGUUAUCAUUACCAACGACGGCGCCACCAUUCUCAACAAGAUGGAGGUGCUCCAGCCGGCGGCAAAGAUGCUUGUGGAGCUCUCUAAGUCUCAGGAUAUUGUUGCUGGCGAUGGCACUACCACCGUGGUUGUCAUCGCCGGCGCUCUACUGAAGCAGUGCCUCUCGCUUCUUUCGCACGGCAUUCACCCAACAAUCAUCUCAGAUUCGCUCCACAAGGCGUCGAUCAAGGCCGUGGAUGUCCUCACUGCCAUGGCCGUUCCGGUGGAACUCUCCGACCGCGAAUCAUUGAUUAAAUCCGCCAGCACUUCGCUUAACAGCAAGGUUGUGAGCCAGUACUCGACGCUGCUCGCUCCGCUUGCCGUUGAUGCAGUGCUCUCCGUCGUCGACCCGGCGAAGCCCGACCUCGUGGAUCUCCGCGACGUCAAGAUCGUGAAAAAGCUGGGAGGUACUGUGGACGACACCGAGUUGGUCAAGGGCUUGGUUUUCGACAAGAAGGUGAGUCACACAGCUGGCGGGCCUACCCGGGUGGAGAACGCUAAGAUUGCAGUGAUUCAGUUCCAGAUUUCGCCUCCAAAGACUGAUAUUGAGCAGAGUAUUGUAGUUUCCGAUUAUACCCAAAUGGACCGGAUAUUGAAAGAAGAGAGAAAUUAUAUUCUAGGUAUGAUUAAGAAGAUUAAGGCCACUGGCUGUAACGUUCUGCUGAUUCAGAAGAGUAUAUUGAGAGAUGCAGUGACGGAUCUCUCGUUGCAUUAUCUUGCUAAAGCAAAGAUUUUGGUGAUAAAGGAUGUGGAGCGUGAUGAAAUUGAGUUCAUUACAAAGACUCUGAAUUGUUUGCCAAUUGCAAAUAUUGAGCAUUUCAGGGCAGAGAAGUUGGGUUUUGCGGAUUGUGUUGAGGAGGUUUCACUUGGAGAUGGGAAGAUUGUGAAAAUCACUGGCAUUAAGGAUAUGGGUCGGACCACGACUGUGCUUGUUCGUGGGUCGAAUAUGUUGGUUCUAGAUGAGGCAGAACGGAGUUUGCACGAUGCUUUGUGUGUUGUUAGGUGUUUGGUGAACAAGAGGUUUUUGAUUGCUGGUGGUGGUGCUCCAGAGAUUGAGCUAUCGAGGCAGCUUGGUGCUUGGGCAAAGGUGUUGCAGGGAAUGGAGAGCUACUGUGUCCGGUCAUUUGCAGAGGCUCUUGAAGUUAUUCCUUAUACCUUGGCUGAGAACGCAGGCUUGAACCCAAUAUCUAUUGUGACCGAGCUUAGGAACCGUCAUGCUCAAGGGGAGAUCAAUGCCGGAAUCAAUGUGAGGAAGGGACAGAUUACAAACAUCUUGGAGGAGAAUGUGGUGCAGCCACUGCUGGUGAGCACAAGUGCUAUCACUCUGGCAACAGAGUGUGUGCGGAUGAUUUUGAAGAUCGAUGAUAUUGUUACAGUGAGGUAGUUUGAUCAGGACACGGCAAUAUUGACAAUAUUGGACAAUGAAAAACUGCUCUUGUUAUCAUUUAGGCUCUGUGUGCUUUCAAAUAGUGUUUUUAAAUUAAUGGUCUUGGUGUUUUGGGAUUGAUCAUGGUUAAAGAAUUUUGACAUUGCUGCUUUUGUUAUUCAUAUCUGCUUUGAAUUUGGUUAAA